AUGGUGGAGAGUAGGAUGGAAGCUGGUGCUUCAGUUGACUGGGAUACGGUCUUCUCCUCAGACACGGAGGAUGAAGCUGCAGGCAGGGCCAAAGCCGAGAAGAAAAUGGGCAUGGCCACGCAGAACAAGCAGAGCGGGAAUGCCCUCAUGCAAGCAGGAAAGCUUUCCGAGGCAGAAGUCCUUUACAGGAAAGCCCUCUCUGCAAUUUGGGCGCCCUAUCGCCAGAGGAAGGAUGCAGCUGCCGUGGCGCUGGGAGUUGCAGUGGACCUGAAUCUGGCUUUGUGCUAUUUGAAGCUGGAGCGCUGGGACGCUGCAAGGCGAUCUGCGAGCAGGGCUUUGGAGGUGGAGCCUGAGAAUCCCAAGGGCCUCUACCGCCGCGGCCUGGCGUCGGCGAGGCUGGACCUACUGGACGCCGCACACGACGAUCUCUCGAAGGCCUGGCAGCACUCGCCGUCGCCGGACGUUCAGCAGGAGCUGCAGAGCAUCCGCGAGCGCCGGGGCAGCAAAGCCGUGCCCCGCGGGUUCCUAAAGGAAGCCGGGGAGCCGAAGGAGGAGCUCGAAGAGGAGCCCAGGGUGGAGCCCAAAAAUGAAGAGUCGCAGGAAGGGCCCCAGGAAGCUGUGGAGGAUGAGAGCGACUGGGCUGUCACGGAACAGGUCGAAGAUGCACUUUCCGAGGCCGGGAAGCUGCUUCUGGCCAUCAGUGAGCGGCGUAUCGCCUGCAGAUCCCAGACGGAGGUCAAAACCCUCCUUCGCCAGCUGGAGGGCCUGUCGGAGCUGCUGCCCCAGGCGCAGGCGGCCAUCGCCGCGGCGAUCACGAUCCCGGCGCCUGAGACGUUGGAGCCCAAGGAUUGCUGCGAGCUCUUCGAGCGGAUGGCCGAGGGCCUGUUGAGCUUCCGGCCCUUCUUCGCCCUGCAAGAGCGAAAGCCAGGGGAGUUUCAAAAUCUACGGGUCUGCCGUCAGCUGGGUACGAACCCGAAGUCGAAGAAAGCCUGGCCCCGAAGCUUCGACGUGGAGCUGAUCCGCUGGGGCGAGGCGAAAGCUGCGACUCCGGGGGACUUCGCGGAAGCGCUCUUCCCCCCCAGCGGGAAGCCACCCAACAAGGCCGCGGCCAGGUGGCAGCUGGAGGUCUUCUUCCGAGUUUUCCAGAAGGAUGCCGGGAACUACGUUGCGGGUGCGGUGUGGCUGCUCCUGCGCGAGGCCCUGCAGCGUGGACUUCCGCUGCAGGUGAAGGGCCGGGCCAUCGUGGACGUGGGUUUGUCCCAGGGUAUGUUCUUCGAAGCUCCCGAGAAGCACGGGCCCGCAGCUGAAAGAGAGGACCAGGCUCCCCAGGACUCUCUGGCCAUCUGCAGUGGGGAAGACCGGCGCUUAAUCCUCGUCCCAACCUUCACCACGGUGGGUGUGCCUCACAAAUGGCUCCUCCUGAAGAGCGAAGAUCAGCAGGUGAUGGCUGCCGACCUUUGCUCUGGAGCUCUGGGUCUCUUGGACUCUGGCUCCGGGCUGAGCCCGGUCCGUGUCUGGGAUUCUCACAGCGACCCGAGAUACGUGGUCCGCUGCUCUGCCUGGGGCGAGGAUGCGCGGCUACUGGCCCGGCCGCCAAAAGUGGGCGGGUCUUCUGGGGCAGCGCAGAUGCGGUUGGCCGUCGGAUCGCUGCUUGCAGCAAGUGGAUUGGGCUGGGAUGCAAGACUGGGCGAUGAACUUGCUGAAUCCCUUACGCAAGAGCCUUCGACUAUGCAGCUGUACGAAGACGACACCUUAGAAACUGCAAGGAGACUUCACAAUGCCAUCACUCUACUGGGGCUGUCUACCCCGCUUCCCUCUUCCUUUCUGGAGGCUGCUUCUGACGAGGACAUUGCAGCUGUGCAUGCAGAAGCAGUGGGACAGAUGGCACAGCGGAAGCUCCGAUCCCUCGGCUUCGAGAAGUUGGCCGAAGGCAUAUCUCCCACCUUCAUGUGCUUGUUCGCAGCAUUGCUCUCAGCUACGGGCAAUGCCAAAGAACGCGAACAUGUCGCGCCGAAUUUGCCAGAGUCUCGAAGGGGUCAAGACGUCCGAACUCUUCAAACCAAAUCCACUUGGCGGAUGAAGGACGGACAGGAGGACAAGCGCAGCCUCCUUGCGAAGCUCCGCGAUCCCAACAGCAAGCCGAGAGAUCUUGCUGCGACGAUCGCUGCUUUGCAGCAGCGUCGUCUACUGACAGAGGCCCGGGAGUACACGACAGCGAUCAAUGUACUUGGCAAGUUGGGUCUUUGGCGUGAGUGCUUGGGGCUGCUGGUGGACAUGCAAAGGAACGGGCUUACGCCCAACGUGAUCACCUACAACGCAGUUCUAAAGUCCCUGGCGCGCAACCGCCGAUGGCAGGAGGCGAUUCAGCUGAUUGGGGAGAUCUGGGAAUCAGGGCUGUCACCCGAUGUGAUAUCCUACACAACGGCCAUCUCUGCUUGCGCUGACAGCGGGCACUGGAAAGAGGCUUUGCAGCUCCUGGCCGAGAUGGAGCGCGCUGGGAUCAAGGCCGAUGUCCGGAUCUUCAAUGCAGCCAUCAAUGCUUGCGCACAGGCCGGCGAGGCCGUGCGAGCACUGCUGCUCUUUCAGGGCAUGCCCGAGAGGGCAUUGGUGCCGGAUACAAUUACGUACAAUGCCCUCAUCAAUGCUUGUGCGCGAGGAGGAGCCUGGGAGGAUGCCCUGCAGUCUCUGACGAAGAUGAAGGAGCAGGGCUUGACUCCACAGACAAGAACCUACAACUCAGCCAUCAAUGCGUGCGACAAAGCUUUCCGUGGCUACGAGACCCUGCUGCUGUUGGAUGACAUGCAUGACCAUGAGGCGAGGCCGAAUGCGGUGACUUAUAACACCGCGAUGAGUGCAUGCUUGAAGGGCGGAAUGCAGGAGGAGGCUCGUGCGUUGCUCGAGGACAGCUGGCUAGGGGUCGAUCUGCCCGACGAUGCGGAAGAAGCUCGCGUGAAGUACAUCAAGCUCAGGCAGCUGGUACGCGAGACCUUCGAGAGCUUCCUCAGGAGUUUGAACUCGCAGUCGUUGCGAUGGCUGGAGCAGCAGUUUGAAGACCAUGGCGAGAAGCUGAACUCGGGCGAAUUCCUGCGGAUUUUCUCCAGAGUGUGCCCGCGCUUGGAUUCGGCUGCCUUCCCCAAGUACGAGGAGCGAAAGCUCGCGGUGCACCUCUCGGUUCUGAAGCUCUUCGAAGGGAUGGACGUGGACGAAUCCGGCGAGACUUCCUGGAUGGAGUUUGUUGAGUUCAUUAGUGCCGUGGCCGAGGAGCUGCGGUUGAAAGCUCAAGAGCUGUCUGGCCAAAUCUUCGAGUUCCAUACUGCCUCACUUGUUCUUCCUAAUUACAAGCCCACCAUCACAAAGUGCCAUUUCGACAAGGUUUAUUUCUGGCCGAACCAUCCAAUGGAAAGUGCCAUCGUGUUCGAGGAGGGCCAGGCCAGCUUCUUCCUGCACCGGCAGCAGACGAUGCUGCGCCGGCGAAGAGUGGAUGGCCAUCAGAGCGACCUCCUCGCAGCAGCCUUCCUCUACACCGACAGGGAAGAUGCCAACGUCAACCUUGUCGUCACGUCUGGCAAUGACAAGACCCUGUGUUUCUGGGAUGCUAACGCCUUCAACCUGGUGAAGCGUUGGAGUCUGAAAGACGUGGUUGGUGAACUUUGCUGGUGUGGAGAGAUCAAUGCUCUCUACGCCGCUGAUCACUUCAGUGAGCGCUUCUGGGGAUGGCUCAUCAGAGACGAGCUGGAGGUGAAGACGACUGGAACCGGUGGCAUGAAGCCCGACAAGAGCUUAGAGUUCAAGAAUGGGCACUCCAAGGCCAUCCAAGCCAUGAAGUGGUUGGAGCCGCUCCAGUGCUUGGCAACCGCCUCCCUGGACACCACUGUUCAGAUCUUUGAUACGGUCCAGCAGACGAGGGCGCACGUGCUACAAGGCCACACCAAAGGCAGGAGUCUCAGCUCGGGAGGGCCAGCUGGUCUUGUUGCCUCAUCACUUCUUUGUGCACCGCUCCUUUAA